GUAGGAGUAGAUCGAAUAGCAUGAGCGAAUGGGGCAUACUGUGACCGGUCUGCCAUUCCUCUCUUCCACAACGGCCAUCAUCUUUUGGUAUACCCGCGACUCUGAGGACCGCUCUCAGACGCCUCGUUGAACUGCGCGGUCUUUGACAAUGGUGACUACGCCAGGCUUGCCCCCAGCUCUGCUUGCUCAGGUCCCCGUCUCGCAACCGGCGCACCUCGAGGGCGAUAACUCUCUAGCCACUGAGAUUCUCCCGGGACCGCCCUCUGUCCAGUCAGCUAGACUGGCGGCGCUGAAGCGCGAUCCCCAUAGCAAAAAGGCGCAGUACUUGUAUCUGCCAGCAGCCGAUCCUGGAACGAGUUAUGCUGGCAUCGCCGGCUUCGGCUUCGCUAACGAAGUCGACGAGCCCGUUGAGACCAACGGUAAACGCUCAAAGACUGCGGCAGGGUCCUCUACCCGUGCCCAGCGUGCCUCUGCUCGUCACCUCACCGCCGCUCCCCGACCCAUUGACGAAAAUCCGCCGGAGGAGCCCAUGACCCAGCCGAUCGCCCCUGCGGAGCUCGAAGCCAUCGCGGCCGACGCCUCGCAACCGUCACGAUCACAUUCCGUCGAAGCGCCCGCCGCGGACGCCUCUGCCAGCGCGCCCGCGCGCCCGAAGGGCCGGCCCAAGGGCAAGGGCAAGGACCGGGACACGAGCCAUGCUGUGAAAGAGGAGUCGAAAACGGUGUCGCCCGAGCCUCCGGUGCACGCGCAUCGGAACGAGGACUACUGCUCUUCGUGCCAUUCCGGUCAAACCUCGGGCGGGGCCUCCUUCGUAUACUGCGACGGCUGUCCCCGCGCAUUCCACAUAUCCUGUCUCGAUCCGCCGAAAUCCUCGAUAGACGAAGAGCGCUGGUUCUGCGUAUCUUGUACGGCGAAGAUGAACCCACCACGUAAAUCACCCCCGCAUAUGCUGUCAUCGAUUAUCGACCUUGUCGAGUCGAGCAACGCCACUGAGUUUCAACUCCCGGAGAGCAUUCGAACCUACUUCAAAGACGUGACGACGGGCCCGAGAGGCAUGUAUCUGGAGACCACGUCGGUCAAGCCACAUCGUCCCAAUCGGCAGGGCCAGCUGGAAGAACGAGAUCCAUAUCGACUGCGCGAUCGGAACGGAAAUCCUGUUCUUUGCUACGCUUGUGGAUUGUCCGCAUUGCCCGACGGCACCGUCAACCGCGCUGAUGCGCCUGAGCAACCUUCCUCUGCCUCUGCAGUCUCGCAACAGGCGCGAUGGAAGAGCAUCGUAUCGUGCGACUUCUGCUCCUCCCACUGGCAUUUAGACUGUCUUGACCCGCCGGAGGCCAUGCCACCGUUGUCGAAGAAAUGGAAGUGCCCGAACCACGCAGAUAGAAUUGUGAGGCCUAAGAACCGGAUACCCAAGGACGCCAAAGACGAGGAGAUCCUGCACACAGGACAGUUCAACAACGGGAAUAUCGAGAUCGUGCCCAUGGAGCGCAAUACGAGCCAACAGUCUAACAAGAUGGACGUAGACGAGCUCACGAUCAACGGCAGGAGAUAUCGAGUGCCAGAAAAGGUCAUCGUCCUCGACUUUUGGAACAAAGUGGCGACCAAUCCUCCGAGAGAUGAUCCUCACUUGGAUUCCUCGUCUCCUCUCACAUCUUGCUCUGCGCUCAGUGAAGAGAUUAAGGAUCAUUCAGUCGCCUGUAGUCCGCCUCCACAACCUAGCAGAAGGGACGAGCUGGAACAAUUUGCGCAGCUGCUUUCCAGCAUGCCGCAGUUGUCCGUGUCGUCUGCUCAGCCACCCCCUCCCGCCCCACCACCUGCUGCUCAACCGCCGGGUCAACAGGGGCCUCAGGCAUACCCGUCUUUCACUCCGUGGGGCCCCAACCCCUCACCUCCUGCAUUCACGCCAUGGCCUUCAUUGAUACCGCCACUUAUGCCUGCUGCUUACCCACCCGUCCCGCCUCCCGCGCCUGUGCCAAAAGAGUCAAGCGCCAGAGGACGCUCCGCGAAGAGUCAAGGGAAGCAGCGCCAACAAGCGCCGAAACCCGUAGUUCCUCAAGCAAACCAGGACAUCGUCUUCCAUCCUCAACCUUUGCCUGCACCCGUGGCAGUAGCCAAUGGCACCGCACCACGCAUCAUAGGCUACUCGAACGAGGUGAAGGAGGUGCAGAAUGCAACCGGCGUCCGCAAACGCAAGAAACCGACACCUUUAUCUGUACCACCGAGCACGAGAGAGCUGCGCAGAAAGUCGGUUCCAGCGAAGGAGAAAGACCCCGACUCGUCUCUGUCGAGCCUGUCCUCCUUGGAAGAUCUCCAAGACCGCAAGCCGGACAUCACUGUGGAGUCUAUCUCUGCCACUGCGAUCACGGCCCGGCAGAAGGCCUCUGCCCAACCGGCCGCUGUACCUGCACCGGCAGGCUCUGGACCACGUCAGGUGAACGGACACGUCGCUGGUUCCAAUGGAGCGGUCGCCCCAUCGGCGACCGCGCCCGCGCCGACGCAGGGUGCGCAGGACGAGAAGAAGACGCGGGGUGCCCGAAAGCGGAAGGAGCGGACGGAUGAGGACGGCGCUCACAUUGGGUGGCGGUCCAAGGCGAGCCCGGGCGUCCAGAAGGCGAAGGAGGCGCGGCCUGUGAGCGCGAAGGAGAAGAAGGCUUCGCGCCCGGUCUCGGGCGCAGCGUCGGCGGAUGCGAAGGCGACGCCCUCCGCCCCGCCGACGCCGUCGCUGAAGAUUCGGUUGCCGCGGUUGACGAGCCUGAACGCUUCAGCUUCGAUUGUGACUGCGCCGCCAGUAUCUCAGCCUGCCGUCGAGGCGCCCAGCCGUUGAGGCGGAUGGGUCUAUGCAUAAGUAUGGGUCUGAUCAUGAUGGACAUGUUCCCUCCAAUAGCGCUAUACGCUUUCCUUGCAAGCAUAUUUAUGCGUAUGAGUACACACAGCAGGAUACUUGUAAUCGCCCAUGCAUUUUAGAUCGUGUAUGUGUCUAGGUUGUCUACACUGACCAUGCGAUGAC